GAUACUUUCUGUUUCUCCCUUUCUCCCACCCCCUCCCCUUUUUUGCAUUCCCUCCGUUUUGCAACUGGGUGCUGCUCGGGGCAGAGACUCCUUUUCCAUUGCUCCCCUGGAAAGACAGCUGAGACCACCCCAGAGUAAGAUGGUGAAUAUCGGAGAUUUGCCGGAAGACAUUCUGAUUGACGUGCUGUGCCUGGUCCCCGCCAGGGAGCUGGUUCUCCGCUGCCGCCUCGUUUGCUUGCUGUGGCGCGACUUGGUGGACCUCCCUUCGCUGUGGAAGCGGAAGUGUCACCUUGAAGGGUUCCACCCCCGUGCGCCGGACAGGAACGUUCCCGACUGGAGGAUAUUCUACUUCCUCUCCACCCUGCGGAAGAACUUAAUCCAGAACCCUUCGGCCGAAGCGGGCUUCAACUCCUGGGAAAUUGAACAGAAUGGAGGGGACCAGUGGAAGAUUGAGGACCUUCCUGGAAAUCACGGGAGGGAAUUUCCUUACCCGCAUGUCCGCAAAUACUUUGUGACAUCUUAUGGGCUCUGUCUCAAAAACCAGCUUGUUACCUUAAAGGAUCACGGCUACUGGGAUCAGCUGAUGGACGAGGUCAAGCCAGAUAUUGUGGUGAAGGAUUGGUACGCCGCCCGAUACGAUUGCGGCUGCCGCUACCAGCUCUCCGUGGAGCUUCUUUCCGCAGACUACAUCGUCCUGCAAGAAUUUCACCCCGAAGACGUGGUCAUUGAACAGUGGAGUGAUGCAAAGUGGCACGAGGUCUCGCAUACGUUUCACAAUUACCCUCGUGGUGUCCGCCAUGUCAUCCUUCGCCACGGAGGCGAGGACACCCAGUACUGGGCAGGCUGGUACGGCAUCAGAGUCACCAACAGCAGCAUCACCAUUGGGCCGGAGGUGGCAGAUUGAAAAGUCGUGGCGCUGAGAGGCUUGGCUGAAUUUUUUUAGAGAGACAUAUAUACAUAUAUCUAUAAAAGCUCCGUUUUCAGCACUUUUUCUCUCGCGUGGUUGAUGGCCGAAGCAUCCCUUCCUGGCCCCUUUAAAUUUGCACAGCCAAUAAUCCUUUUCCAUUGCCACCUUUGACAGGAAUCCUUUUUUUUGCAGACAACCUGUUUUGCCAGUUUAUUUAGAGUAAGUUGGCUCUCUGCAGUGCUCAUUGGCUAGCCCUUGUGUCAGUCAUGGCUGCGUGCCGCGCUGGUUGGUUGGCCUGUGUGUCCGCAGUUAGGACGCUGCUUCCUUUACGCCUCAAGAGCAGAGUUGGUGUUUAUGUAAGUCAUAAAGCCAGUUUUUUUGUUUUUAAAAAAAUCUCCCAGAGGACCAAAUAAAUAACCACACUUGGAAAAAAAAAGUAAUCAGCCAGUUUAAAAGAAAGUUGGGGGCUUUUUAGUGGUGGGGGGGAAGGUUCAGGUUUAGUGGUUCAGGGGAAAGCUCCUGCGUGAAGCCCAGAGAGCCACUGCCAGUCAGUGUAGGAAACACUGACCUAGAUGGACCAACAGGAAAAGGCACUUUCCUGUUUAAACCAGCUCUUUAUUCUAACCGUGAGGGGUAGCGUCUUCUAAUUUUUAUGGGGAGGAAGUUGCUCAUUGAGAGAGCCAUUGCUCUGUAUGCAGAAGGGAUCUCCCACACCUCCGGGUAGAGCUGGGGGCGCUCCCUGCCCAAGACCCUGGGGAUCCACUACCAAUCAGUGUAGACAGCACCAAGCUGCAUGGAUCUGGUGGUCUGACUAAGGCAGGGGUCCCCAAACUAAGGCCCGGGGGCCGGAUGUGGCCCAAUUGCCUUCUAAAUCCGGCCCGCGGAUGGCCACAAGGUGGUGGAUUGGGCCAGUAUUUUCAGAUCACUGGAUCUGAAAGGCAAGGAUGUGGCCAUGUGCUCCAGCUUUAGAGAGCAAGUAGGAACAACUUUAUGGUGGUGGAGAGUUCUAUGAAUGGAUGCAUCAGCUGCAAUGACAAAAAAAAUGGAACCUCCAGCUUUAGACGCAGUCUACCUCCAAAUACUUCUCGCUGGGCCAAAACAGCAGCAAAUGGUUGCCUGCUGCGGGAAGUUAGAGCUGGAUGCUCUGGAAGUUAGAGCUGGAUGGACUUUUCAUCAGAUACCAGCAGGGCUUUUAGGAGUUUUAUGCCUUCAGGCUCUGAUCGGGUGCCACACAGAGGGAAGAACGGAAUCUGGUACCUGAAUUGUGCUGGCUUUUGCUUAGAGAAUGAAUAGUACCUCAAACCUGGGUAGGGGGCAGUUGUGUGGGGAGAGGCCUUAGCUUCAGCCCAACCUAAGACUCCUGCCCUUAUGGCUCUUUUAAGAUCGGCAUGUCCCAUUGUAAAGCUUUUUCUCCAGGAGGGCCAAACCUGUUUUCAGGGUCUUAUGUCUGUUUGCUAACAUUUCUUUUCCACAGGUAGGUGGAGAGUUAAAAUCAUGCCCGCCUCACCAGCAGGGGGCAGCCUUUCUCACCACUUUGCAGCUGAAAGUGCCUGUUCUUGUCUGGUGUUUGCUCCUUUUGCUGGAAAAAACAAUGCAGCGACUGUUUUGGCACAUCUCAAAAAGAUCUCUUGUUUUCCUGUUUUAUGAUAGUGGAGGCAGGAGGAUGCAUGUACAAGUAAUAAAAUAAAAUUAAAAAAACCUAU